CCAGACUGAGACUGUGCAUUAAAGAUCGCUUUACUCGUGCCUUCUACGCCUGUCUCGUGGUACAUUUGUAUCCUCAAGAUGUGCUCACGCGAAUCGAUAUCUUCCUACUGUAUCACGGAAAACACGUUUUCUGCAUGCUCAAUCAGCAUGUCUACGCUUCUUCCGCAACACCCUUGCAAGUAGACGAUGAGGGCUCGUCGUUUCAAGGCUACAUCGCUCCUUGUCUUCUUUCCUCUACCAGAUUGGCCAUUCAGGUGGACUUCAACAGCUACUUUACCGGUUGCAAAAAGACCUACACUCGGCCGUAAACAAACACUUUCGCUGGUCGAAAUGCUUCCCUUUGCCUCAUCAAUCUGCAUCCUUGGUGCUCUCGUCUGUGGUUCUUUCGCACUACAAAGCUCCCCGACAGUCUCCAGUGCCCCCGAUGCAGUCAGCAGCUCAAGAAUAUAUACGAGUGCUAUCUCGAGUGUCAUAGCUGCGGUGACACCCAUGCUUGCUUUAAUAUACUUCUGCCCACUCUAUCUUCUGUAUCGGCAUUCAAAGCGGCACCCAAGGUCUAUCAAUAAGAUAUCUGGGGCGCGAGUUCAGCAGUACGGUCCACUCGUGUAUGUAUUCUUGUUGGCUGUUAGCUUGGCAGAGGUUGCAGAUGCCACUUGGUUGUUGCUGCAAUUUCGCUUCAACAACAACGCACCUGAUCCUACUACUCGCAGUGGUGUACGGUUUCUCUUGUUUUCAGCCUGUUGGACAACUGUGACUUCAGGCACAUAUACUUUGUUCUUCCUCGAUCCCUUGUGGUCCAGACAUCCAAUUGCGUCUGUAGGUACACAGGCAAUCUGGGUACUCGUGACAUGGGUAUUCUGGGUUGCCGGUGCAGGUCUGUUCAACAAGUCGCUUCCUCGCAUGUUCAUGAAUGGAUCAUGCGAUGGAGUGGUGUAUUGCGGUCAAUUGCAGAUGCUCUUUGCCCUUGCAGUUGUCCAGAUCCUCACCUUGACCUUUGGUAUGCUUGUGAUUACCUGGCUUGUUUGGCAAUCGGCCCGCAGUAUUCGCCAUCCGAUGGUUAUCCGAGUUGCGGCCGCUAUAUAGGUACACAGUUCUGGCGAGUAACUUUGAGCACCGCCGAGGCAUUACCACCAUAACUAGUUACGAUCUACUGAGUGUCUGUUCUGUAUCAUGAACAAUAGUGACUGCUGUACUGUAUGUGGUUCUAGUACAUAUGUGACAGUGUGUAAAAUAGAUAUUAUGUUGUGAUUGA